AUGGAACGGUUUGUCAGCACGGUGUUUGUCAACAGUAAUGAUGGGAAUAAAGAAAAAGAGUUCUCUGUUUCUUUAUUUGGGGUUUUUGUAAGUUUUAUUAGGUGCCGGCAUAAAGAACCCGCCAUACUUUGUCCAUAAUUUCCUGUAAAAAACGGCGGGUUCCUUAUGUUGGCACCUAGUUUAUUAUUUAUAUUUUUUAGAAACGAACUUAAAAUUAAUAUAAUAGUAUAUAAUAAUAAUGACAAUAAUGGUUAUAUAUUUUUUCUUUUAGUUUUUAAUGUGCACUACAACAACAAUAAUGGACAAAUUGCGUAAGUGCUAAAAUUUGUUAAUAACCAGUAUUAGACAGACAAUCUCGAGGUAGAGAAGGACAUAAGAAAACACGUAGAGCACGGUAAAAGGCAGUAAAGCAUGAGAAUAUAGGGCAGAAGAUAAAACAAAAGAAGUCAGGGAAAAAGAAGAUAUAACAGAAGAAGUUAGGAUAGAAAAAGAUAGAGCAGAAGGAUGUAGGGUAUGAGAAAAUAGGACAAGAAAAAGUAAGGCAGCAGAUGAUCGGGCAGAAAAUGGUAAGACAAAAGAAGACGGGGCAUGGGAAGUUAGGGUGGUAGGAGAAAGCAGGGCAAGAGAAGAUGGAACAAAAGAAGGAAGAGCAGGAAAAUAAAACAAGAGAUGAUAAAGCAGAAGAAGGUAAGAAAGGAGAAGAUACUGUAGAAGAAGAUAGCGCUGAAGAAGAUAGGGCAGAAGAAGAUAGGGCAAGAAAAGACAAGGAAGGAGCAGGCAGGGCAGGAGAAGAUGGAACAAGAAAGAUAGGACAGAGAAGAGAGUAAGGAUAAUAUAGGGUAAAAAAGAUAGAGUAAAAGAAGAUGAGAAAACAAUGUAGGGUAGAGCAGGAAAAAGUAAAAAAGUGAAAAGUAAAGGGUGGGGUAGGAUAAUAAAAUAUUAUUAAAAGUAUAAUUUUAGACGACAUUAUGCCUCUUUCGACGACCAAUGUACUCUUGUCAGUAUCUGGUGCUAUGUCAGGGUUGUCUUUAGUGGUACGUUUACGCUUUUAA